AUGCCUAUUGGCGUUCCAAAAGUACCUUUUCGAAGUCCUGGAGAAGGAGAUACAUCUUGGGUUGACAUAUACAACCGACUUUAUCGAGAAAGAUUGUUUUUUUUAGGCCAAGAGGUUGAUACCGAAAUCUCGAAUCAACUUAUUAGUCUUAUGAUAUAUCUCAGUAUAGAAAAGGAUACCAAAGAUCUUUAUUUGUUUAUAAACUCUCCUGGUGGAUGGGUAAUAUCUGGAAUGGCUAUUUAUGAUACUAUGCAAUUUGUGCGACCCGAUGUACAGACAAUAUGCAUGGGAUUGGCCGCUUCAAUAGCAUCCUUUAUCCUAGUCGGAGGAGAAAUUACCAAACGUAUAGCAUUCCCUCACGCUAGGGUAAUGAUCCAUCAACCCGCUAGUUCGUUUUAUGAGGCACAAACGGGAGAAGUUAUCUUGGAAGCGGAAGAACUACUAAAACUUCGCGAAACCAUCACAAGGGUUUAUGUACAAAGAACGGGCAAACCUAUAUGGGUUGUAUCCGAAGACAUGGAAAGGGAUGUUUUUAUGUCAGCAACAGAAGCCCAAGCUCAUGGAAUUGUUGAUCUUGUAGCGGUUCAAUAA